GCAGGAUGAGCAGUGGCCCCCCGACGGCUGGCAGAUGGGCGGAAGCGGCCCCUCCGAGCUGCCCCCUGGGGUGGCUGAUCCAGAGCGCGGUGCCGGCCAAGUUAGCAGCGUGCCCGCCUCCCCCUCUGGAGAGGUUCACCAGGAGGUCAAGGAGGUCGUCCUUUCAUCGGUCUUAGACUUGAGUCAACGUGGCCUUCACCAUUUAGAAGAGAUCUUUAAAAUCCCCAACAUUAAACAACUGCAUCUUCAGAGAAACGCCCUCUGCGAGAUUCCCGCAGACUUCUUCCAGUCGCUGCCAAACCUCGCGUGGCUGGACUUCCGCUACAACAGCAUCAGAGCUCUUCCUUCUGGGAUCGGGUCUCACAAGCAUUUGAAAACUUUGCUUUUAGAAAGAAAUCCUAUCAAAAUGUUACCUGUGGAGCUGGGGAACGUGACCACACUGAGAGCCUUGAACCUGAGACACUGCCCCCUGGAGUUCCCCGCCCCCCUCGUCGUGCAGAAGGGACUGGGUGCCAUCCUGGCCUUCCUGCAGGCCUGCGCCAUGCGGCGGCCUCCUCCCCGAGGGUCAGCUUCUCCAGAGCGUGUGGCCGACAAAGACGCUGUUAAUUCUCAGGAUCGGAGGGGGAGGUUAAAAGAAAAGGCAGACUUUCUCCCUCCUGUUGAAAAGCUAGACCUGAGUGAGCUGGGCAAGUCCACUGCCUCCCCAGAAGACUGGCCGGGCGAGGAGGAAAUCAGGCGCUUUUGGAGGCUGAGGCAGGAGAUUGUCGAGAAGCAGCGGGAGGAAGUGCUUGCAAAGCAGCUCUUACCGGCAGAGUUACCUGCAAACCUCAAGGCGGCUCUGAACACGAAGGAGAAAGAACAUUCCGGCUCCAGACACGCUCUCAGCGCGUGCCGUCCGCGGGGGAGUGUUCACCGCGGGGUCUGUGACGGUAGAAGGAAGAUGUCCUCCCUCAGGAGCGUCCUGCCGGCCCUGGCGCCACGGCAGCGAGCGGGGCUUCCCGCCAGGAGAGCGGAGGACAGCGGGGCCUUGGCCCCCAGGGAGCAGCGCGUAAGAGACGAAGGAGCGCCGCGGGAGUGGCGGGAGCGAGCCCGGACCCGGAGGACAGCGGAGGCGGCCCUGGGCAAGCCCCUGCCUCCCCAGAGGAGUCUGGUACAAGGACGCCAGCGGGAGGGGUCUCAUCCCGUCCGGGGGCCACGGUGCCCGCUGCAGAGGUGGAGCCUGCGGCCCGCUGACAGACCUAUUUCCUCUCAUGUGGUGUCAAAGAUUCCCUGUGCCGUGGAUUUGGCAGACAAGGAGAAAAUGCCAGUGAAUCCACCCGGAAACGUGAGGCAAAGCAAAGAGAAGUCAUCGCAAACGAGUGAAGAAAUGAGGGCCUUCCGAGAGGAGCUCUGGGAAGAAAACCUAAAGCAGCACAUUCAGAAAACGCACCAGGGAAGAAAAAGAUUUCAAGGCACAGCGGCACUCAAGGAAAUGAGUCCGGCUGCCUGGGACUUGGAGAUUGCCAGGAAGCUACAGGAUCAAGUGACGGAGUCGGGACCGGGGCCGACCUUAACUAGAAGCCACCGGUUCGCGGCUCUCGCUGGGCACCGUCCACGCCACCCACCUGCGUCCCAGCCCCAGAAGAUAUUGUUCGACACGAAAUACUGAGUCUGAGGACGGUCGCGUGUGCUAAUGAGUGAGGAUCCCUGGCGCUGACAAAGACUCUUCAGACCGAGGAGUGGGUGUAGCGGCUCGUGGGCCCUGCCCGGGUGUCCUUCCCUGCGAGCGCGCCCGGGGCGUCCGCUCCAACGCCACCCCCUCCCCCCGGGGUCUGCGCGGCUUUUUCAGAGGCUGUAAAAGGGUUAAGCCGGAUUAAAGGAGAGAACACCAAGGACGAGCCACCAGGUGUGCACUCCCGUGCCCGCGUCUCUGCCCGUCUCACCGACAGCACGUCCGCGGGUCAGCACCCGGCCCUCCCCUCUGCCCCCGUCAGCCCCUCCUAGCUAGCCCUCACCCAGGCUGCUCAGACCCUCCUGCAGGAGCCUCCGACUGAGUGUUCAAUAAAUUCAAGGGCUUGACCUUGAAACUGUCUUUGAUUUGGCUUCUCAGCUCCUUGACCUCUUGGUGGGAGGGAGGCAGGGUUAGACCAGGCCCGCCAUGGGGUCCAGUG